GACGCACUCAGCCUAACAUGCUGACUAGCGAGCUAGCUACCGACACAGCUCCAGCUGAGAGGAAGCAACGGGAGGAAAGAAGAACAGAUGAGAUUCAGGUGUCAUAUUAAAAUGUCCUGGAGCCGGGCCCUUUUCACCGGCUGGGUUCUUCUGCUGGUCCAGCUGCUGUGUUUAGAGGCAGUGCCCAUCAGUAUGGACAAGACAAAAGUCAAAGAGGCAGAGAAACAGAAUGAAGAACCACCCGCCAGCGUGGAUACUGGACUCCACUACGACCGCUACCUCAGAGAAGUUAUUGAUUUUCUAGAAAAAGAUCAGCACUUCAGAGAAAAGCUCCACAACACAGACAUGGAGGACAUCAAGCAAGGCAAGCUGGCCAAAGAGCUGGACUUUGUCAGCCAUCAUGUCAGAACAAAGCUGGAUGAGUUGAAGAGGCAGGAGGUGAACAGACUCAGAACUCUGAUCAAAGCCAAGCAAGACAUCGAAGGAGGGAACGAUAUAGCUGUGGACCACCAGGCUCUGUUGAAACAGUUUGAGCACUUGAACCACAUGAACCCACAUACAUUUGAAGUGGAUGACCUGGAUCGGCUCAUCAAAUCGGCCACUAAAGAUCUGGAAAAUUUUGACAAAGAGAGACACGAUGAAUUCAAGAGGUAUGAAAUGAUGAAAGAGCAUGACAGACGAGAACACCUGAAAACGCUCAAUGAGGAUGAGAGAAAGAAAGAGGAGGAGCACUAUGAAGAGAUGAGGAAGAAGCACGCUGAUCAUCCUAAAGUCAACCACCCAGGUAGCCAGAAUCAGCUGAAGGAGGUGUGGGAGGAAGCUGAUGGCCUGGACCCUGAAGACUUUGACCCCAAGACCUUUUUCAAUCUGCAUGAUACCAAUGGAGAUGGCUUUUUCGAUGAACAAGAACUGGAGGCGUUAUUCACCAAAGAGCUGGAAAAAAUCUAUGAUCCUACCAAUGAAGAGGAUGAUAUGGUAGAAAUGGAGGAAGAGAGGUUACGCAUGAGAGAGCAUGUUAUGAAUGAGGUGGAUUCUAACAAAGAUAGACUGGUCUCUUUAGACGAGUUCCUGGUUGCUACAAAGAAAAAAGAAUUCCUGGAGCCAGAUAGCUGGGAGACCCUGGAGCAGAACCAGGCAUAUACAGAUGAUGAGAUGAGGGAGUUUGAGGAGCACCUUGCUCAGCAGGAACAGGACCUCCACCUGAAGGCUGUGGACCUCCAGAAACAGAGAGACGAGCUGGAGAGACAGCAGGAGCAGCUCAAUGCACAGAAAAUGGAGCUACAACAAGCAGUUGAGCAUAUGGAACGGCUGAAAUCACAGAAAGUAGACCCUCCUCCUGAAGUUCACGUUGAGGGAAAUGCUAUCCCAGAGGUACAUGCAGUUGAUGACCAGUUACAUCUUGAACUAGAGGCCCAACAGGCCCAUCAAGCCGCACCUCCAGCUCCCCAAGAUACACUUCAGGAACAUCAUGAACCUCAAAGUCAAGACCUGGCCCAGCAAGGUCUCCCUCAGACACACCAGGAUCUGCCCCCAGGACACCAAGAAGCAGCACAAGGCCAAAAUAACAUCCCAUAACAGUGCUCUCCGAACUCCUACAGCCAGACUUUUCAGCAGCUCCACCUCAGUGAGCAGAGGAGGAGUUCAUCCUGAGUAUUACGUCUCUUAACAAGCAUGACUCUGGGGUUUGGAGGACUCUUGAGAUGAAGGAGAGCAGCACUAAAGAAAUCCCUGGGUUUGAUUUAAAAAAGAAUGAGGACAUUUGAAACUGUGCAAACUUUUCCAUAAGCAAUGAAAAACAUGGUUGGUAAUACAGUGGUACAAGAAGUUUAAUUUUGUUGAGCUGUCUUUACCUGCUGUUGACUGUAUAAAAGUACAGAACCUCUAAAAUGACAUGCACACUGUCUGUGUGAGGGAGUAGGGUGUCCAAAGCAGUUUAUCUGUUUCAUUUUAAUUUUCUGACUUGACUGGUAAAAUACCAACAGAAAUCUUUAAAAUAGAGUAAUGAGCUUAUAUUUGUCAACUGUUGUGAAUGAUUUUUUUUACUAGACUGCAUCAAAAACAUUUGAAAAAGUUACUGUAAGAGACCAUUUUUAAGAUUUUAUAUUCCCGCAUUAACAGCUAAAGAGCCACUAUAAUUUAAACAAGGAAAACCCAAUUAUGGAGUAUAUUCAUGCCCUAAAUGGAACUAUCAGAUUAAAAUACGAGUAUGUACGCAGACAUGUAAAAAUAUAAUUUCAGAUCCUAAUGUGGCCAGAAAAUUAAUAUAUUUGAACAAAAAUGCUCCCAUGAGUUUUUGUAAAAAUGACUUUGCUUUCUUUAAGACUACGGCUGCUGCUUCAGAUUUUCUACUGUAGGAAACGCGUGCUCUGCCUGAAAAGACAACAGGUACAGAACUACAGACAUGGGCCACAUUAUGGAUACUCUGCAGCUGUUUUCCAGCUGUUUGACUUUAAUGCUUUCAUAAAGGCCACAAGUUCUUACAAAUAGAGAAUGGUAAUGAACAUUUGGCCCAUCUUCAUCACCACUUAAGUCCCACUGAUGCUUGUGAAAUGGGAGUUGUUUGCAUAAAUGUGACUCACAAGUUAUUAAUUUGCUUUCAAAGUUUAAUUGGCGUUUAGUUUUGUUUUUCAUGCACUGAAUGUGUAUGUGACAUGUAUUUAUGAGUUGAUCAUUAUUGAUCAGGAUUUUUAAUUAGUUUAAAGAAAUAGUUCUGUUGUCAAGAAGCUAUCCAUUACAGUGUUGGCAUUUAUUCUAGUGUCUUGUGUCAAGUGUUUGGUGUAAACAGUUUAUGGAUUUGUUAAAUUAGGUUUGUUAUGUUGAGGACUUUAUCAUGAAAAGGGAUACUCUGUUGGCUGGUUAGAGCUGAGCCUGAUUUUAGCAGUUACCUCUGAAAGAUUUACAUUCAGUUGACUUCAUCGUACUUGGCACCAGAUGUGUAAUUGGUCCUUAAUUUUGAAAUCUUAAUUGCAUGGCAUAUUUUCCCCCUAAAUGACCAUUUCUUUGCUACUGCAAUGCUUUUCAGGAUGCUUUUGUUUCCAAGUUAUGACGUGGUUUGGCAAAGUAUUUUCCCUACAGAGGGAGGCUUCUGUUGAGUCCAGUGUAAUGACAUGUCUGCCUUAUUAUGGUUUUACUUUUUAAAAUUUAGACAGGAAAGAUUUUCAUUUUUUUCCAAGUAUAUUUUGUUUUCUGUGUGCCAAGUGACUCUUUGAGAGAAUACUGCAUCAUAUUUUGCACAAUAUGUAGAGUGUUACUGCGGUCGCUUGCUGCUGGAUCAAAUACAGUAAUUUGACAAAACCUAUACACCUCAGUUCAAGACAAUAAAACAGUUCAGACCUUU